CGUGGAGCAAAGAGGCAGAGGGGGAAGAAGGGCGACAGAGAGACCAGUAGAGAGCAAGAGAGAGUCCAACUGCUGCCACGGACUGGAAGCAGUUUUUUUUGCAACUGGACUUUAAACAGACACAUACAGAGACAAAGGCCCAAGACAGGAGGUUUAGAGAAGAGAAGGAAGAGAGACUUGCAACCACUUGACUUCAUCAUGCCAUUGUAAAUGAGCUUAACUGAAGGAUUAACUGAAAGAGGAACUGACCUUUGGGAUGUGAAGUGUUUUCUAUAAACCAAGAGAAAAAAAACAAGAAGGACCUGCGGCCACCUGUGACACGGCAGCUCCGAGGUCAAGAUCCUAUCCGUCAAAACGAAACGUAUGAAAGUGACAUUUUGAGCGGGUGGACACCUUUAGGAAAAACAACAAUCCACUGAAACUUUGCAAACACCUUGUGACCUCAACAAGUGGGAGCCUCUCAAGAAUCAAUCAGAAGCUGCCAGACUUUUGUUUUGCCAUUAAGAUGACAUUCGCCAUGCUGCGCACAGCGCCUCCCGCGGGCCGCUUCCUGUAUGGCGACAUCGCACUCCUCUCCGAAGACGAAGAUGAGAACGGCAGCGAGGGCUCGGGCUCCGAGGAGCGCACCACCAACUCCUCCAACUCCGCUGCCUUCCGCCUGUCCUCCUCGUCCCCAUCUGCUUUUCACAUCAAGGUGAACAGGAAGAGGAAGCUGUGCUCGGGCACACCCAACCCCACGCUGUGCCUGGGUUUAGGAGCCAUGGUGGGGAGGCUCGGCCCCCCGGACUUGUCUCCCCCUGUGGAGGGUCGCCAGAGGACCGCAGCCAACGCGCGGGAGAGAGAUCGCACCAAUUCUGUCAACACAGCGUUUACAGCGCUGCGCACACUCAUCCCCACCGAGCCCGCAGACAGGAAGCUGUCGAAGAUCGAGACGCUACGUCUGGCGAGCAGCUACAUCAGUCAUCUGGGCAACGUCCUGCUCCUGGGUGAGGGACUCCACGAUGGACAGCCGUGCCACGCUCCCUCACCACCGUUCUUCCAUGUUAACUCCUCCCCCACCCGAGGAUCUGACCAAUCAACUCAGCCAAAGCACAUCUGUACUUUCUGCCUCAGCAACCAGAGAAAAAUGAACAAAGACAGAGACAGGAAGACGGCCAUCAGAAGUUAACAGUGAGGACACACACCACGAGGAUCAAAUGCUCGUCGCUUCGAGAGCACCUUCAGUGAUUCUUUUUUUACGAUUACUGCAACCUGAAGAUUUACAGACUCGUGAUGCAUUUCAAGACCUUUCGAAGGACGUCCAUGGCACUUCCAGGACUUUUCAAGGAGCUUUAUGAACCAAUUUUUUUCAUUGACUUUUUUUAAUGCUUUAUAUGAACUUUUUUAAUAUUCCAAUAUGAUUGAAACACGUCUGAGAGGUUUAACCAUACUUUUAAAGGGCUUUAGCAUUAUCAACACCAUGAGGAACUUUUCAAAAAACACGUAUAAGAGACAUUUUACUGUACGGACUCAAUGACUGUUUGUUCAGAGUCCAAGGAACUUAUGGCACAUGAUUGAAGAAACACACAAAACCUAUGAAAGGCAGAUUUGUAUUCAAAAGCUGUGUGUUAUUGAUGAGUAAACUGAAAUAUAAAUGUAUAUUUAUGUGACAUAACAUUAUAUAAUGAAACUAUGUUAUUUAACAGGCAUAUGACAUUCUUGACAAAUGAUGAGGAUUGGUUUAAGGUACAAAACGUUGGCUAUUGACUCAGUUCAUGGCAUUACAGAAAAAAUGACAUGCUGGAACUUGUGUGGUAUUGGUUAUUUUUCUAAUAAUCAUUUCUGAAAGUUAAUGCUGGAAAAUAACUCUAGAUGACCAAUAAAUUGUUUUGUAUAUCUGGAA